AUGAAUUGCUCAUUAAAAUCCAUUAUAAACUCAACGGAGCUGUCUACCUCCUCAAAUGUGGACAAACACCUCGUAACAGCUUCCAAAACACCGCCUAUAGGUAGGAAUGCCGUUUAUUACAUUGUGAAAUCACCGGAUGGUGAAAUUCAGAAACUGAGUCCGUUUAAAAUACAAAGAGGCAUUAGUGAACAGAUUGGUAAUGUCAAAAGUGUGAAAAAGAUACGGGAAGGUUUAUUAAUUGAAGUAAAAAGUGCAGCGCAAGCACAGCGAACCAGAAAUUUAACAUCUUUAGCAGGUAUGCCGGUCUACGUUGAACCUCACCGGAACCUCAACCUCUCGAAGGGUAUAGUUACUCACCGAGAUCUAGAAUGGUGCACAGUGGAAGAAAUUAGGGCGGAACUAGCUGACGCGGGUGUCAUCGACGUAAAACGCCUCCAAACAACCAGAGACGGAGUUAGGGUGGAUUCUAAUUCAUAUAUAUUAACCUUCGACAGCCCAACACUACCAGAUAGGAUAAUGGCUGGCUACCUCUCAAUCCCUGUAAGGCAAUAUUUCCCACCACCCCUACGUUGCUUCCGAUGCCAAAGAUUCGGUCACACUUCGAUGAGAUGCCCAAAUGAAGAAAUAUGCAAAUGCGGAAGUAAGCCGCACGGAGAAACAGCAUGUCAAUCACCACCCUGCUGUGUAAACUGCCAUGGUCCACAUUUCCCAUAUUCAAGAUCUUGCCAGUGGCAACAGGAAGAAACAAAUAUUCAAAAAAUAAAAGUGACGGAACACCUAACUUACACGCAAGCAAAAUUAAAGUACAGACAAAAUUCUGCCAAUACGACGUCAUACGCUAGAAUUACAGCGCAACAAAAUACAAGAAACAGUACUGAUCUGAUAAUAGAUAAACUUAUACCUGAAAUAAGCAGGAUCAUACAAUUACAUCUUGAAAGUAAAAACAGAAAUAGUAUAGGAGAUGCAAACAUACAAGCAGACAAAAGUAAAGUGGAACUACAGAACCCAAUACCCACACAGGUACUUUCACGCGUGCAUCAAAGGUUGUCUCCAAACAAAAGGAAAGGAAACACAGAUCAAAAUUUGAUAAAAAGUAACCCCGUCACAGACUACAUAGAAACAGACACAGAAUUAAGAAAAAAGGGCAUAUUAGGAACGUCUACACCUAUAACUUCUGCAAACGAGACCUCAUGCAGCAUCAGAGCAAGAGGAGAUUCGGACUCAUCCAUAGAACACCCAGCAAAGAAACGGCAAUCAAGCAGACUCAGAUCAGCUAGAAGUCAAAUGGAGAUUCGCAGAGAGAGAACAGCAACGCCAGCAACAGUAUCGAACUCCGGCCAUGAGUCGGAGUCAGACGGUUCCAUAGUUACGGCACAAGUGACAAAUAAAAACAAAAAUCAGACAGAGAGAAAAAAGAAAGCUGAAAUUCCAAAGUCGAGCGCCAGCAACGACCCCAGAAAAGCUAUCAAAUAUAUUAAAUCCACGAAAUAA